AUGAGCUACGCAGGCGACACGUACUACGCCAACCAAGCGGCUGACUCUUACCACUAUUCCCAGCCGCAGCAGCCAUCGGCGGAGGAGGAAAAUACCAUUGAUUUUCGCCCCCCCGAUAUCACGGAGCACCAGGACAAGAUCAUUCAACUUGCGGCUAAGUACGUGGUGUUCUCCUGCGAUGGGGCGCGAUACCAGCAUCUGCUGGUUAAGCGGACAAAGUUUAAUCCUUACUUUGCUUUCAUUGCCUCUCCAGAACACAAAUAUCAUGAAUACUACCAGUAUUUGAUUAGAAGCUACACUGUGUGGCGUGACAUGGCUGCUACGAGCUCCGCGGGACACGGCGGCACAGAUGAAGGGUACGCGUUUUACACUGAGCAACUAAGACAACAAGAACAACAGCAACAGCUGCAGCAGCAAUACCAGGCUAAUAUGUACUACCCUGCGCAAAUGGAUUCUUCGUCACAGUACAAGGAUCCAAGUGCGGCGGCGGUGGCGGUGAAUACAUCUGGAGGUUAUUAUAAUGCCAACAGUGCCUAUCCUCCACCCCAAGAGCAUUACACACCACAACAGCAUCAAAGCACAUCUAUCCUUGGUGCCUCCACAGCAGCUGCAGAGGUGCCUCAUGGAGACGAGGCCAACAGGAAACGUACCCGGUCAGCAACGCCGCAGGAAAGUAGUGACGAUGAGGAUGAUGCUGGACGGGAGUUGAUGUUUGUGAUGGAAAACGGGGUUGCGAGGGCCCUUCCCAAAUAA